AUGAAAUCCACCCUCGCCUUCCUCGCAGCAGGAGCAGCAGGAGCAGCAGCAACAGCAGCUGCUAUAACAGCAACAGCAACAACUCUCACCCUCAAGAAACGACCCUCCAAACAGCCUAGGCCCAUCCUCAUUCACCCAACGCGCACCCGCAAUCGCUGCAUUGGCAGUUUCAACAACAACAACAACAACAACAACAACAUCGCCAAUAAAACGAAAGACAACGAUACCUUCCACAUCCUCAAAGACCCAAUCCACCCAUAUCGCGACACAACCUGCCUUGUCACGUUCGACCUCUCUACAGGACAGACAUACCAGUUAGAUUUCCACCUCAGCACCAGCAAUAGCAAGACCAGCCUACGCUCAACAGGCUCGCAAACCCUUGAUGUUUUUUCCACAGUGGACUCUUCUUCUUCCACCCCAUCCAGAGACCGCCAUCUUGCGCGGUUGAUACUCAGAGAGGGAGGCACGGAGUGGGUUGGGAUGGGCGUGGGUAGUGGUGAACCGCCUAUCUUUGAAGUACAGGAAAAUAAAGCCAUCGUGUUGGAGUUUGUGGGCGUGGGGGAUGCAGUUGAGAUAUAUGAUAAUUGUUAA